AACUGUUCUCAAGCCACCACGACGUUUCGAUCCUUCAAUCUACGGUUCGACAAACGAAACUGGAAUGAUCUUUCGAGCAACACCACACCAACCUUCGCUGUACAAGAAGCCCUGAAUCGCGACCAGCAUUUCUGCGACUCCAAACCGAGAAGCAGCAUCAAAAUUACUUUCAAGAUGGAACUCUCGCCAGCUUUCUCGACCACCAGCGAUAUGACCGACGAAGAAUUGGACCUUUACUUUGCAACAUGCGGCUCGCUGUCCAACUUGCCUACCCCUCCUCCAGCAAGGGAGCACACCAUAAUCGAGAAGCCAAUAUCAACAACGUCAGAUCUGCAUGAACUUGCUCCUGAGCUACAAGCACAUGCGACCCAUCUCGCCAACCUCGUCCCGUUGAAUAUCUCCACAACCCGACCUUUUGUGCCUGGCAUCCGCGGAUUUCUGGAACGAUCAUGCCUGCCAGACGAGGUCGUUGCCUUCGCUGCCUGCAUCCUUGAUGCCUUGUCGUACCGCUUCGCUGCUACAUGGCGGGAGACCUUGCUGCCGUCUAACUAUGCCAAGGAUCUCAAGUUUUUCAUGAAGACCGACACAUGUCAUCAGGCAUCCGUCAGCCCAGACGUCCUUGUCCUCGCUGCCUUGUCUCUCGCACAUGGUUUCUUCAGUGACACCCGUCGUUCUGCCCACUACUGGGCAGUUGGCAUAAGCCGUAACCAGUUCACCAUCCAGGAACUCGAAGCCACAAAGCGAUUGAUCCUUCAAGACAUGGACUACGGUCUCUGCCGCAUCACCGAAGGCAUGAUGGAGAGCAUGCUGCGAGACAUGCAGCGUACCAAGGCGUUGCCUGCGCCACCAGUUCUGACGAAUGAGAAUGACACUAUCAUCAAGACCAGCCGUCGCCGUAACUUCUCCAUCGAUCUGUCCGGCACAGCAAUGUGGAAGAAUGGCGUUCAGACACCAGGACCUAGUCCAUAGGUGCGGCGUGGUGUUUCCGUGUUUUGCAUCGCCUUCACGUUUCAGCGUUGGCUUCGCUUCUCUUGCAGCGCUUACGAUACCCACAUUGUUUUAGCAUUCUCAGUCAUCCAGCAUUUCAGCAGCAUCAGCUUUAAGGAGUCUAUGGGCGUAAUUUAGCUUGGAGGAUCGAACCCAGCGGUCUCAUCUCUUGUAUUGUUGGCACGAUACCCUCUUGCACACAUGGUAGCCGUUGUCAUGGCACCAUCUAGCAUUAUUGUAGCGCAACAUCGCACAAUCAUACACAUAUCUAUCAUUU